UUCGUCCGCCGGUCCGUUUCGGUUUCCCCACAAAGUCAGCGGAAAGAGAAAAAAAGGAAAGAAACAAGAAACCCCCACCGCCGCCGCCACCCCCGCCCGCAACUGCUCCCCGUCCCCCGCCGGAGCAAGCCUGCCACGUCGAGCGGAGGGAGCCCUCCCUCGUCGGCGUUCCCCUCCUCCUCCACGCCUCCACCGGACUCAGGAGGAUUCCCCUCGCUGGUGAGCAAGCCCUAGCUUUCUUGGAUUGCUCCCCAAUCUCUGCCGCGCCGCGGACAGCCGAAUCCGGCCGCGUGUUCCUUCCGCGAUUUCAAACCUAGUUUCCGCCGGUAGGGCUCGGCUCUCCCCGUAAUCCCCUAGUCAACUGUUAGCGCGGAUUGCGGUAUGUUUUGGGGGGAAGAUUUGGUCGCUCCGUGUGAUUAAAAUUUCCCCUGUUCUCGAACCGUAGGUGCGGGAGAUCCGGGCAUCCGGUGGAGAGUAGUAAGAAGACCACGGGGUCUUUUGACCCAAGACCUCCGGCUUGCAUCGGGUGGUUUGAUUGAAAACUAGGGAUUUUCUUUUUUAGGAAGUAUGUACAUACUGAAAAAAAUGGGGGAUUUGCUGGGCAGCAUGUUCAAAACUGGGGAUUCUCUAUUUUGGGAAGUAGUACCUACUACUAACGAAUCGGGGAUUUUACAAGAAGGUACCACACAAGGGUAUCAGUAGUUGCUGCAAAUUUGCUGCUAUAAUCUACAGUAGCACUCACACAGGUGUUCUCUGAAUUUUGUGGGGUGUUAAUAAUAUGAUGGAGAUUUAUUUUUCAUGUAUAGGAUGCCUCUCAUGAUCUACUUGAACAUUAUCUCGGAAGUUUGUUUAGAAAUAAAAGAGCGCAUCUUGUCGGUUUAUCGCUCUACAUUUCUGCGCUAUGUCAGGAACAUUUAACAAGGACAUGUAGGGAUCCUGUUUUCAGUUUGGUAGUUAGUUGUGCAUUUCCUUUUAUGGACUGUGGAGUCUGUACUCUCUUUUGCGUUGUAUAUGCUUUUUGGUAGAAUGUGGGUGGUGGCAAAUCAAGUGAACAAUUUUCAAUAAAUGGUGCUGUAUUUGGUACUUUCAGAUUGGAUAGACCAUCCUUUGUUGAUCAGCUAAGGUUAUUUACCUACUUCCACAACUGGCUCUGGUUUUUUAAUUUUGUAUUCAUGGAUUUUUCUUCUAUUUCUUGAAUGGGGAGGAGUUUAAGAGAGGGACGCCAUGCAGAAUUGGAAGACUCUGUGGCAGAUCCUGUCAGCGAAAAGCAAGCCUUCAGAGGGUGGAAGCAGUAUGUGAAAGAACUCAACUCGAACACACGUCCACCAUUUCUCACCCGCCUUUGUGACCCUGACAAGCCAUGCUCAUACUCUGAGGAGGAGCUCUUAUGCGUGUUUGAGACUGCUGCGGAAGUCCAUGGCUGCAACAUUGUGCCACAUAUCAGCCAGAUCGUUUCAGCCAUCAUUAGAAUCAUGUCUUCAGCCACAGGGUCCUUGCAUGGUGUUGGUUGCUCCAAGGUGAUACGCACAUUAUCACGCUAUGUCAUUGAUCCCCUGGGAACAGAAGAAGAGAAAAGUGGGAUCAUUAGCUCUCUCUGCAGUCCCUUUUCUGGUUGCUUGAUGAGCACGAAGGAGAGUGUAUCUUCUGGUUCUGCUCUCUGCGUCACUGCACUUAUCCAGUCCAACAAUUGGCAAUUUGCAUCUCAUGAGUUAGUUAACGACAUCUGCUUAAAAGUCUCAGGGGCCUUAGAGGAGGUACGCUGCCAGACCAUUUCACACUUAGGCUUAGUGGUUGCUCUAUUGGAACAGAAUUGGUUGACACUUGAGCCUUACGGGCGGUCUUUGAUAAGAUCAGGCUUAAGUAUAUUGGACAAGAGUACUAAAGCAAGCAAUUCUCAGAUGAUCAUAUCAUCCAUUCAAAUGAUACACUCCAUCAUGAAGACUUUGGAAUUGAGCAUCAUAUUUUCUGAGAUCAGUAGCAUUAUCCAAGCUAUGGAGCAACUGAGGGAUCAUUGCAUGCCAGAGAUCAGCACUCCAGCUUUUCAGGAAGCUGAGACUGCUAAUACACUGUACAAGCAGGAAGAGUGUGGACAUGGCAAAAGAAUUAGUCCAUUGGCAAAAAUUCAUGAUGGAAGACAUAGGAGGAGGGGAUCAUAUUCACAUUCUGUUAUGGAUGAUGCGGAAAUAAGAAACUGCGGUUCAAAUGAAUCUCUGUAUGAUGAUACACAAUCUGUUAAUCGGUUCAGAGACCAUGAUUCCCAGCCUUCAGUGGGGCAAUACUCAGGUGUACCUGUAAGUGCACGGGUAAGGAGGCGACUGUUGAGUAAUGGUUCUGACAGACAACAUCAAAUGUCCAGUGAUGAGUUUCCUCGCACUAUUGUAUCUGAUUAUCGUGAUGGUGUCGGUGUGAUAGCACAAUGUGGUUCUGCUGGUCUGCUAGAUAAGUCAAUGAGGAGGUAUUCAGAUGUAUCAACAAGGAUUGCUGAUCCAUGCCCUAUGUGUUUAACACCGCGAACUACUAAACGAUGCUCUCAGAUAUCAAGGCGAGGAACUUUCUCAGAAGACGUUUGGAUGCAGUCAACCCCAAGGAAGCAGCUCCAGUUUCAUAGCUCUAGCAGUGAAUCAAAAAGAGAUACUCACAGAUUACCCGACAGCCCAUCUCUGAGACGGAUACGGCACUGUUCAGGACAAUGUACAAAUGGUGAAGUUGAGGAAAGGAACGGCUACUGUGAUUCUGUUCAGCAUGACAGCCAGUGUCAUGUACAGAGCAAUGAUACCUCGAUAGAAGAUCUGAAGCUACCACCAACCAACAGUGAGCGUUCUGAUAGUGCAGGCGAAUCUCGAAGCGGAGAAUGUCGAGCUGAGAAUGAGAAGAUGACAAGAGUCAGGAAAGGGAGCAGAAACUGCUCUGGCACCCUACUUUUUCUCCUUGUAUGUGCUCUAGUGAUACUGGUCAUUGCGCUCUUGCUAGCUUGGUGGAAGGAGGAUCAGAGGGAGCCGUAUGUUGUACCCACAUAGUAGCGUCUUUCUGCCUGUAUGCAGGUUGUUCUGCGAUGUGCGUUGGCUUUGGUGUAGAUUGCGAGUUAAAGUGGGGUAAAGGUUGAGAAGUUGUGUUGAUUUAGUCGAACGAUAGUGAUAGUUUGCUGGAUUGUACAUUCUGAUUGUUGGCAUGAAUACCAUGAUAGUUUUGUGUUCAGUGGGAAGCUGAAGCGUAGCACAUAAUUCCUUGCUGCAUUUCCGAAUUUCUCUACUUUAUAGCAUUUGUUUUACAGAGUA